UGUUUCUCUCUGUCUGGAUCUGUCCGUUUCUGUGCUAGUGUGUGGUAGCAGCGUUUCUCUUCACUGCAGGGGCAGCUUCAUUCUCUCUUCCAGGAUGUCGGGCCUUCUGACCAGCUCUCUUCUGCUCUUCCUCUCCCUGACGCUGUUUCAGAUCCCCACACCAGAGGCAAAGCCUCUCUCUACCAUGCGUGGAGGAGGUCGCAGCUUUGACACCCAGGCAGGUGGAGUCCGUCUGCGAAGAGACCUGCGUGAUUCAGUGCCCUACGAGGCCCAGAUGAUGUCUUACCCCGCUGCUGACUUCAGGAGUCGGAGCAAUGAUCUGUACUACCAACCAGAGGUCUUAAGAGCUCAAGGUGUUGGACAAGCCCUCCAGCGGCUAGUGGAGAAUGAUCAGAGGCGGGAUCAGGAAGCAGCAUAUCUGGCAUCAAUGCUGCGUCUCCUGAACGAGGCACAGAAUAACGGGCAGGGCAAACCAGAGGAAGAGGAGGAGGAGGAGGGUGAUUUCCAGGGCCCGUACCCUCCAGACUACGACGAGACCGAGCAGGCUGUGAGCAUGGCGAAGCCCCAGGCCUCAUGGCAGGGCCUUCUGGAUCCUCAGCUUACUCAGGCUCUACUCAACCGCUACAAGCAGGAGAGACUGAUGCAGGCUGGACUCGCUCCGAACACCAACAGGAUACCAGAGAGAGAGCAGGACAAAGACCAAGAGAUGCUCAGGUACCUUGUUGAGAAGAUCCUCUCCAGCUUGGGAUCGGGUGGCAAUCAGGGAGGCCCUUCAAACCAGCGUGCUAAACGGGACCUGAGCAUUGUGGCCAACAUGGAGCAAUCUGGAGGAUCCGCCCUAAAACGCUCCCGCCGGUCCUUGGACUCCGCCCCUGGCCCCUCCCCCCAUGCUGAGGCAUCACUGCUGAGGGUGAAACGGCUCGAUGGCGACAUGGACGACGACGAGGUUGCAGGGCAGAGCAACAGAAUGCCACACGUCGGUCUACAGAGAAUGAAGCGCAUAGACACUGACCUGCCACCCCCCAAAAACCACAGCCGCAAGCGCAGAGCCCUGACCUACGACCCCGCUCUGAUCGCACAGCACAUCCUGCAGUACCUGCCAGCCUAAAGAGUAUGUGAAAGUGAGAGGAAUAAAAGGGAAAUGUUUGGGGAAAUAGAGAGAAAUCUAGACAGACAGAGCAAGCAAGAGUUUCAGACGGGACUGCAACAUUUCACUAGAUUACAGAUACGCCAGUGUUCAUUGUCAUCUGCCUAAAUCUAUUCAAGGCCUGCUUGCCGAGGUACUCUGAUAUGAUGAUACUCUGUUUCAAUGUUAUACUAUAAUAAAUCCCACACACAUAACAGCUUAUGAAAUAUGCUUUUUGUUUUUCUUCUUUCUAGCUACAUUCUACAGAACGUAAGCCCUUUUCCACCACGGAACAAAAAAAAAUAAAAAGGUAACUGUGACUUUUUUUUCUUGCAAUUCUGGGUUUAUAUCUCACAAUUCUGACAUAAAAUCAGAAUUGUGAGAUCAAAAGUCGCAAUUACCUUUUAAAUUUUUUUAUUCCAUGGUGGAAACAGGAUUCCAUAGUACAGGCAUUAAUUGACCAUACUGACAUGGAAAUAAUUAGUUAUUGACUUGCACAAGUAGCUUGUUGCUGUUUUUGUCAGAAACAACAGGAUCAAAGUUACAUUUAACUUAAUUACAGAUUCAGAUUUUAAGUGAUGCUACACUAUAAAUAAGAUCUGUUUGAAUAUUGCUGCUGAUAACCCACUUGGUUCUUAAAAACAAAACCACAGCUUGACCAGGGUCAUGUAAGAGUGCAUUUAGGUGACGUUUUGUCGUGUACAUUGUUCUUACUGUAAGCCAUUUGCCACUUGGCAAUCCUGAGUUUCUCAGCAGAUGAAAGGAGCAUGACUCUGUUUCCUUAGAGAUCCAAAUAUAUCAGAGCUUUGCUACAGCUACAGUGAGUUUGGAGAUGCUCUGUUUCAUAUUGUGAGCAAAGUAACAGUAACUCACAGCUCAAUCAGUAACAGGCUCAAUCAGUGUCUACACCUACAGUACUGUUUUAGAAAUGAAACUUAAUUUAGAAUUUAGAAUUUUUUUUUAGAAACAAAUGAUUGAGAAACGAAAAUGUCUGAAAUCUAUUUAUUGCAUAAGAUAUCCAGUACAGGUUUAAACAGCACAACACAUCAGAUCAGUUGCUUUAUACAGCAGUAAUCAGCAGCACUACAUGAGUUUAGACUCAAAAAGAGCCUGUCUAAAUGUCAAACAUGCUCUAAGUUAGUUUCCUGUCCUCUCUUUCUCUGAUUGGCUGUCUAAAGUAGUGUGCCAUUUUCUUAGUGUCAUAUGCAUCCUAUCAAAGCUUGAUGAAGUGUUUUUGUCCCUUGACUUGGCUUUGAAACACUCUGUCUGAUACUAAUCGCUGUCCCAACUUUCUGCCCUCUGGGUCUGUAAUCUGACUGUUAUGAAUUUGUGAAGGAAAUCGUAGCUAUAUAAUCGUAUAUAAAUGCUUAUUUGUGCAGUCAUAAAAUCUUGUACAAAAAUACAUUACUGCAAAAAUACAAUACUGCAAGUUUUGUCAAACAACAAAAAUCAGUGUAAGUGCUAAUAAAGUGUAUGUGAACUACAA